CUGUCGGAGCCGGGGCUCAAACCGGCAACCUUCUGAUUACAAGACGAACUGCCAACUCCUGAUUGGUCAAAUUUUAUCGUAGCUUGUCUGAUGAAGCGUUGAUAGACAAGACUGAGUCCUCUGAUUCAACUAAACAUUUGCCAACAAUAAAAAUCUGACUUUAAAAAAAAAAGAGCAGAUGCCGGUCAGUGCAGAUCAGACCUUGUCAUAGUCUCCACACAGUCAGAUUAUAUCCAUCAAAAACCACUCAUUCACUUAUACACACUGUAUUUGAUUCAGACAUAGGUCUUUACAUCUGUAACAAGUUCACAAACAUUGCAAAUCCCAUUCUGACUCUUAUUACAACAAAGUCUAAGCUCAAGGCACAUUCACCACCUGCUUCAUAGCUUUCAUACAUAUUACACGGAUCAGCAGAUCAAGCAGUCAUGGAGCACUGAACUCAUGAUUCCUUAAAAACCUACAUAUUUCCACAAUUAUUGAAUUCUGGAUAAGGUUAUUAAGACUUACAAUUACCGGAGAUGUACAUGUUUAAUAUCUUUGACUGAUUUUUAUGUCCCAAAGCUAUAUUGUAGCCAUAGCUUCUUCUGUUUCUGCUGGCUCUGUAUUGGUGCAACAUUUCAUGCAUGUAAGACACUGACGUCUAGUUAACGAUUACCAUCAAACUCUUAUCUGAAUCCAGAAUCCCAAACUAAAUACAGAUAAGCUGCAGGGGAAAGCUUGUUCAGUGGUUUCAGAUAUCGGCCAAUUGUUCUUGGGUGAAUCAAUGGAAACAUCUUUCCAAAAAUAAGUUGUCUAUAAAAGUGAAAAAAUAAAAAACCCCAAAGAAAAUUCCCUCACAUUUUUUUCACAUUUGCUAGAAUGAAUGGUAACCCUCGUGACUUCAAACAGCGCUGUGAUCGGAUUAUCUAUCGGCCUUAAUCUCGAUAUGCACAGCCCUCAUCUGGCCUGUGAGAGGAAGAAAUUAUAAUCCAUCGCAACACCACAUGAAUCAGAGACUGCCAUAUACUGCGAAAAAUCAGUACCUUUGCUUUCUUUCUGUCAGGGGGACAAAUGCUGUGAUGACAAAAGCAGAAAGUGCAAUAAACGUGUAUGAUGCUUUAUUAUCUACAAACAGCCUCCCUAUGAUAGCAGAUAUUAGCCAUAAUCACAUUACAUCCCUAUUAUAAGAUAAAAAUAAGCCUGUGUGUGUAUUCUCCUUUAUGUGUAGAUUAUGGACAAUAAAUCUAUGAAUGAGGGAAUUAAAUAAAACCACAUCCCAGACUGUUAUGUCACUGUGGGCUCUUAUCACGGUGCAUGUGUCCCGUUGGAUGUAAUCCAGAUGUUACCCAGCUGGAUGUGGGUUCUGGUGGGAGAGACGAGGAUUUAUCUGUAAGGAGACUCAUUGGAGAUGCUGCUCAGCCAAGCUUCCAGACACAUGGAUGCAGAUGCAAGCGUUCGCAUGCCAAUUCCUGCAGGCCCUCCCUCUCGCCGAUUGUAGCCCAGUGGCCUAGAUUAGCUCUCCCAUCUCCCAGUACUGUCCUGUGUGAAUGCGCAGGAAGUAGGACUCGCAGGAACAAUGUGUCAUCUCGUUGCUGCGAAACGAGGCGUCGUCUCACAAAUCGUGAAAAAUGUGUGUGGGAGUUAUAGAGGAGCAAAGGUCCCAGGCGAACAUUUCAAAGACCGCACCUUCAGGACUGUGGCCAAACAGUCUUGGGUGAAAAUGAUGUGACGUGCUGGGAGGUGGCUGAUUCCUGUUUGUUUUUAUUUAUUUAUUUCAUUUCUGAACGCUCACAGCACACCCAUAGCCUCCGCUCUUUGAUCAUCGGAAGGGCGUGAGCGAGCCUGUGCAAUAUGUAAACAGCUCUAUGAGCCAUAAUUCCUAUAUUCAUGUCCUCUUUCCAGCUGGAGCUUUAUUUCUAAUUUUUUUACCCUCUACUCUCAUUUCUGGGCCUAAAAUCAGGUUAACGUUUUAUAAGGAGCUUAGCACAGAGGGCCACAGUGUGCCACUAAUGUAAUAGAGUAUCUCUCUCGCUCUCUUUCUCUCACUCUCUCUCUCUCACACACACACAUUCUCAUCUGUCCUCUUUUCUCUUGUGCAUUUGCUCACCCUGUCAGGAAGUGACCUUCUCUCUCUCUCUCUCUCUCUCUCCCUUUCUUUCUUUUCUCCCAGCCUGUUUUUUUUCCCACCUCCCUCACUCCCUUCCCUCGGUAUCUCCCUCCGUCUGCAGAUGUGGUAAGUCUGAGGUUUAAUCAUUAAGGCAGGGACACAACUGAUACAAGACCGCUCCGUGAAGAGAGGAGGACGAUCAGGAGGGACAAGUUGAGGUGCUUGGUUUUAGAUUUUUGGGAUCAGACCGAUGGAGUCUUUCUCGGGAGACGCAGAAGAAAGCGCAGAGGACGUCGCAGGACGUAAAAGAUCCAAGAUCAAGGAUCUGAAAACUCGUCUCUUUGGGAAAAGUAAGAGAGCAGGCGGAGAAGGAAAUACCAAACUCAGCCAGUCAGCCAGUGACAUCACUGCAGGAAAAGAUCUCGGAUCAGAAGAAGAUUUGGUAUGCGCACAGGCCAUCAUGGGAUCGCGGGCACUGUCCCACGACAGCAUCUUUCUGGAUGACCUGGUCAUGACAGACCCUGAACCCACCAGGGUCUUAUCUCAGGAGAACGUUCACAGCAAAAUCAAAGCUCUCCAGAUGACGCUUCAGCAGCAGAAAAUGCAUUUGGGCCCACCUCCUAUGGUCCUGCCAAUGAGACGUCCACCAGAUCUGAGCAGCCAGGAGUCACUUCCUCACAGCCCUCCUCACGAUUCAGGAGAAGACAAUACAUCUCAGGAAACCCUUACAAAGGCGAUAUCUCAGCCAACAUCUCGCACUCUCUCACCCAUCCCCAAACCUGCACCUAUCAAAUCUCUUCCCUCGACUCCAUCCCAUGCUUUUCCUCUUUCCGUCCCCUCUGUUUCUCCUUCUGCUGCUGAGGUCCCGUCGGAUUUUAGAACACCGGCUCAGUUCGCUUCCCGAUUAGACACUUCUGCCGCACGCCACCGAAUGUCUAUCAAACCCAGAAACCAGAGGGCCAGCACUAAGAUGAAAGCUGCCGCGACCGUCUCUCAGUCUCAUUUAGACACCAUGAACAACAUUGACCGACCCGAGCCUGUCAAAGAACUAAAACACCAUCUUGGUGCUCAAGAAGAAGUAACAGUGGAAACAAAAGAAGAAGAAAAAGUUGCUGUUCCCAUUGUACAUCAGCGUCUUCCUUCAAAAUGUGCAGAAGUGCCACCGGUCACAUCAGAGGCGGUACCCAAACCAACAAGUCAAAGUUUCUCCAAACAGGACUACGUUCUUCCUGAGACUGUAGCCUCCCAAGUACCUCGAGUUAAACCUCGCAGACGUGUGGGUUCAGCAUCUGGUGAACGUCCACACUCGUCCUUCAUAGAGUCAGGACUGAAGGAACAAAGACAAGGGGAUUUGGAGAAGCAACUAAUGCCUCAUGAUGAUAAUGCCUCAGGAAUAGCAUUCAGGUGUUCCUCUGCUAGCCAGGAGGUUCAAGGUGAUAGCGAACCCACAAGAGGAAUUAAACGAUAUGCCCAAGGAUCUGGCUCUUUCCACUUUUCUGUCACUGCAUCGAAAAACAGAGAUGGAGAAAGACCCCGAUCGGGCAGUUUUUUGGGAGUUUUGGAACAAGCUGAAGCCAGGAACAGGAUCAGUAGGGAAAUGGAGGAGAAAAACAGGGAAAAGGAGGAAGUUAAAGAGCCAAGAGAGCAUCCUUUUGCUUUAGGAAGGUUUCGUCAAGAAGGCGCACCACCUAAAACCUCAGCUGUUCCCUGGGACAGGAGUGACAGCUUCAAAAAGGUGGAAUCAGUGACAGCAUAUAAAGACGCACCUGCAGACACAGGCGCUGCUGAGGCGGAGGAGAUCGAGAGCAGCCAGGAAGAGGUGGAAGAGGCGGUGGAAGCAAAGGAGCCCCAGGAGGAACAAGGAAAAACAGCUUUCGGUGUCAAACUGCGCUCCACAUCUCAUUCACUUCGAUUUCGGCUUGAUACAUCUUCUAACAGGCAUUCAAAGUCAGCACUGGGUGAGGACCAAGGUGACCAAAAAUGCCAAGAAAUAAGUGAAAAAAAGUUGCAAGAAAAUGCGUCUUGGAUGCCAUCCUCCUCUGGAGAGGUCAGACCAGCUGAUCAAACCCCAUCUGGCUUCUCUCCUCCAGUCAAACAUAAUGCUCCAUUUGCCAGCGAAACGUCCGACGUUCAGACGACGCCUGCAAACCCAAAAGAAGCAGAAGCUACACCCCGGGAGCCUCAACCUGCCCCGCAGGCGACCUCAUCUGAGGUGUCCUGGAUGGCUCUGGCCAUGGAAAAAACCAAGAGCCUUCAACAGCUUUUCAUUAGUAGAUUCCCCAGAGAUUUUGCAGGAAAUUUACAGGCAAACAUGCAAUCUUCAGCACGACCGCAGGCACAAGCGCAGCCCACAAAUCCAACAGAGACUUUUACACAAGUACGGACACAGACUGUGCAAGCUGCAAAGCAGCCAUCGGCAGAAACGAAUCAAAGCAGAAGCCAAGCACAGACUGUCAAAACAUCGCCAGGAUUUCUGCAACAGAAGGCAUCUCCUGUGCUGUCCAAUGCCUCCAGAGAUCCACAAAUGUCAAAACACACCAGUGAAGACCAGAUGAACACAACUAAGUCUGCCUCACAUUCAGUGGUAACCACCAAUCCGUGGACAACCCAUUCUCCUUUGCGCUCCCCUUCACAAACAGACACCUCGUUUCAGUUUGCACAAGGCAGCGCCACACAGUCUCUUGCGCAGUCUUACCUUUCCUCAGGCCAGCAGCAAUCCUCCUGGAGCAAUCGAGGUCUCCAGUCUGCCCAGCAGCUCAAGCCCACACCUUCAGCGCAGACUUCAGCUCCCGCAGCCUCGUCAGCUGUUGGUUCUGCUUCAGCUUUUGCCUCAGGAAGAGGGGAGAGAGAAGCCAGUGAGCAAAAAGAGGCUCCGCCACUCACAAGCCGAAGAGCAUUUUGGUCUGGUUCUGUAAGCGAGAAGGCUGCUUUUUUAGAGAGACGGGGAGAGUGGACCACACCACCUGGACCCAAGGGGGUGGAAUUGAGGAAAACGCAUACAGACAUGCAGGGAUCAGGUGAAUCCCCUACCUUGGCAAAAAACGCACCUGUGAUCAAAGAUGCAGAUGAAAGACAAGCAGUAAACCUUGCAGAGUUAAGCCCCACCAACGUUGCAGAAAGGUCGCGUGAGGACAGAUGGUCACGGAAAAAUGCAGCGUCUUCUUCAUCACCGUCAUCAUCACCCACACUGCCCUCGGUGCUGCAAUCCAUGUCUGACAGCGGUCAGCCGUCCUGGAUGGAAUUGGCCAAGAGGAAGUCAAUGGCCUGGAGUGAUAAGACCAUGGACUAAGAAGGACACGAGUCGAUGAAGAGCCCAUCAUAAAGACUAAAACCGCUUCAUGGUUAAAGUGUAGGCUGUGUGGUGAUGCUGUCAGACAGCCGGUUGCUUGAUGCCGUUUUUAUUUGGAUUUAAGUGUUAAUGUUUAAUUACGGAAGAGGAUUAGGGCCACUGGAAAAAAGAAAGUGGGCACGUCUUUUUUUUUUUCUUCUUUUCCAGAAUUCUGAGGAAAAAGUCAGAAUUCUGACCGUAAAGGAACAAUUUUGAGGUAAAAGAAUUUUGAGUAAAAAGUCAGAAUUCUCACAUUAAAGUCAGAAUUCUGACUUUUGCCCACUUUUUUUUCCGGUGGCCCUAAUCCUCCUAUUUAAUUGAGAGUGAAUAUCUUCUGAAAGUUCAUCAUGAUCGCUGUUAUUCAGUUAAGGACGAAUACUUCAUGUGAUUGAGCAUUUCACAGCUCUUAAAAGUUUAUGUUAAAUAAUAAAUUUGUAAGGACGA